AUGCGCUUAAUUUCUCCCCUCUCCCAAUUUCUUUCCCUUUCCCCGAUUCCUCUUCCUCUUUCCCUGAUUCAUCACAGUCGCCUCCCUCUCGCAUCACCCUCUCAUCGCCGACCGAGUGAGAACCACCGUCGCCCCAUCUCUUCCACUUCACUCCGAACCCUAGCCUCCCAAUCCACCGGAGCCGACCACUCUCUCUCGCGGAUCUACUGCCCCUCUCGUCCGAGCGUCUCUACCAUCUCAACCAUCACGGGCACAAAACAUUGUCGUGCUCAGUUCUAUGUCACCACUGUGAGCAGAUCUCGACGCUCACCGUCCCCCGAGCCCUUGUCGUUGCCACUGUUCCAGCCGAGUAGAUGCCCCUUCUCCUGUUUGUACGACUACCACACUAGUCCAUGUCCAGCCACCUACAACCAUAAUCCUCUCCGUAGCCACCCCAGCCAUUCCACAGUUGCUGCCAGCUCCGUUGAUACUCCGACCAGCUGUAGGGUUUUCCUCCUGAACAUUGGAGCUAUCAUCAGAGAAGGAAUUGUUGUUUUACCGUCAGUGAAGGGUGAUUUAUUUGCUGCAAAGAAUUACUUCAUGCCUGCUUUAAGCAAGGAUCCCAAUAAAAGAAUACUCUAUCAACUAUCCAUGCUUGAAAGAAAAAUGGCUCAAGGCAAGCACUUACGUUUUCUGGUUCUUAAGCUUCUUUUGCCAUUUUAGCUUGGUGGGUUUUAUAUUUGGAAGGAGAGCUGAUUGCUAUAAUGAGAAUUGAUGAAACAAUUGAUCAUGCUAUUAUUGGAAUAUUUUUCUAGUAAUUUCAUUAUCGAAUGUAUGAGUAGCUUUAUCUAAAGAUGCAUUUUAUUAAAGAAAUCCAUUAAUGGACUUAUAAAUGUUUAAGUUUUACAAGAUUCUAAUGGUCCAUUGGGUGCCUUAGUAAUACAAAAGAAAUUAAAAGGCAAUUUGCAUUUUAGAUUAAUACUAAUCAAGUUGUAAUUUUGAA